UCCGCAACAAGUCUCACCUUACUCAACAGAAGAGACGAGGAGCGAGGUCUUAGAUGCUGUUUAUCUUUCAUACUCAAGGUCCUGCAUUAUACAUAAUCAUCAUAAAGGAUGGUAUUCUGCUCUAGCUCCCAAAUUAGUUAACUUUAGUUGACUCUUCCAACCAAACACCCCCCCCCCCCCCAAACCGUAAUCUCUCGCUCGGAAGUCUGAAAAAUUGAAUCGGAACUAGGAAGGCGUCGUUGACCCAAAAUAUUGCAGAGAAGUGGUGGUCAGGCCGUUUGAUGACUUAGGUGAUCUUCUCUUGCUUGGGAUAUCAACUUUAUUCAGAAGCUUCAUGUGCUCAGGUAUAUUGAUUAUUGAGAUAUUAAAUUGUCUAUCAGAUUAAUUACAUGAAAAAUACAUCGUCUUCUGGUAGUUACGAUGAAGUUGAACAAUUGAAUCGCCGUACACGCAUGAGUUUCCGUCAUCUUAGCCUGACUUGUUCUAAGGUGUAGUCCCAAAUUCGCCGAGAUCGGGAAAUUCAUCUGAACCGCGAGCAGAACCGGAGAAGUUAAAUUGAAAUUAGAGCAAGCAAGCAAGCUUUAAAGCCAAUUCCACCAGUCUGUCAUGGAACAUGUGGCUGCAUCAACAGGUUAUAGAAGUGUAGACAACGGAGGUACAAAGGAUUACGCUAGUGAAUUUCAAACAAUCCAGACAUUCAAGAGCAAAGAAGACUUAAUAAAAUGGGCUCGUGAAGUUGGGAAGUCGCAUGGGUUUGCUGUUAUUACAUUGAGAUCUGACAGUGGCAAUAGAAGUAAGAGAGCUAGAGUUACAUUGGCUUGUGAGAGGAGCGGAAAAUGUGAUAGCCUUAGAGGUACUUCAAAAGAAAGGAUACCGGAUAAGUUUGGACGCCAAUAUACCGGAACAAAGAAGUGUGAUUGUCCUUUCCGGUUAAGGGGUAAGAAGCUAGCUACUAGUAAUGAGUGGGAGCUAACCGUAGGUAGUGGUAUUCAUAAUCAUCCAGGAGGACCCCCGGAGAGAGGCCAUUCAUCUCAGGGUAGAUUAUGUCAAGAGGAGAAGUCAGUGGUGAAGGAUUUGUAUAAACAAGGGGCGAAGCCUAAGGAGAUAUUAACAGCCCUAAAUGAGAGGGACAAACGCAACAAAUCCACAGAGAGGACAAUAUACAAUGAAAUUCAAAGAAUUCGGCGCUCCGAAGAGCCAAAGAGACUGGAGGAUCUUGGGGUUGAAUCUCUGUAUGCACAUGAGAGUUCUGUAUUGCGACAACUAAUGAGUGGGGCAGCGGAGUACAAUUACACUCAGAAGCACAGACCUAAUCCAAAGAAGGACAAUGUGUUGGACUUCUUUCUGACACACCCCCGUAGCUUCGAAUUGUUACGGGCAUUUCCAACUGUAUUGAUAGUAUACAUUAACUAUGAUGACUUAAUGGGAAGGUGGGUCGGGUUGGAUUUUUUGGGACUUACGUCAACUCGUAAGGUAUUUUUCGUUGCUUCGGCUAUCCUUUAUUCUGAGAAUGAACAUAGGAAUUAUGAAUGGGCCUUAAAUUCAUUGCAAGGUGAAAUGGAUGAUAAAGGUAUUCUCAUGCCUGAUAUUGUAAUUCUAGACUCUAAUGACGCCGAAAUGGAUGCCAUCGAGAUUUCCCGCCCCAUUAACGACGUGUUUAGUGCUGCCAAACUGUUAAUUUCUACGGAUUAUGCGGUUGUAUUGGAAUUUGUAUUGGAAUUUGAAUUGGAAUGUAUUUUCUCAAAAGAGACGUGGGAGUUGUUAAAAGCAUCUCCCACUGAAGCCGAUUUCGAACAACAUGUAAUGCAGCUACGCACCGAAAUGACCGAGUUUGGCGGUCGGGAUAUAGAUGAAGUUGAACAUGUGCUAGAAAGGUAUUUGGAGCCAUACAAGGAAAUGUUAGUUGCAGCAUGGACAGAUAAAUUUAUGCACUUCGGGAGUCGCAACCUGCCGGCGCCACGCUGGGGCCAGUGUCCGUUCUAUGACUAUAUAUAUGAUUACCGAGAUUCUGUAGUCGUAAAGCAAACAGUAAUCGACAGAUUUUGGGAAAGAAUGCAUAGUCGAAAUGAGCAAAUUCGCAUGGAAAUUGACGGUUCGUUUCGGGAAUCUUUAGAGAGUGAGUACACUGAUGAUGGAGCCCAUCUCCCGGUGUUAAAGGAACUCUAUGGGGCUAUUUCCAUUUAUGCAUUAAACAUGAUCCGCGAGCAGACCUUGCGAGCCGAUGAGAUAGAUGAUGACCAUAGUGAGUGCACCUGUGCUAUAAAACGUACCCACGGCUUACCAUGUGCACAUGAAAUUGCCGAGUACAAGAGAAAAGGUCUACAUAUUCCACUUGAAUGCAUCAAUUCUCAUUGGAGGCAACUUCCCCGUUUGAAACCGUAUACAAGGACCAGAGAGCCCAAGGUGCAUCAAACGAUGAAACGCCCAAGGCUAAGUGAAGAUAUUGGCGGAUUUCAACAGUUGACAAACACAUAUGCUCAUUCUGCUAUAUCCUUGCCUAGUACUGUUGAAUCUGAAGAUAAUGCACCCAAUGCUGGACCAUCUAUAGUGCCCUCAACGCAAGAGUGGCAGCCACGGGAUGAGGUGUAUGGCAUCCAGCAGACAACAACUAAGCAACUUGAAUUUGCUGAUAUAUGUCCACUUGAAUUGAGGCCAUAUAUCCUUGAUAUAAAGGAUGUUCCAAGAGAUGGCCAUUGCGGUUUUAGAGCUAUGGCAUCAUUUCUGGGUUACAGUGAAGAAGUUGGAUGGGCGAAAGUGCGAGAAGAUUUGAAAUAUGAGCUUCUGAUGAACUCAUUUCACUAUACACAACUCUUUGGUUCGGAUCAAAGGGUUAAUGAAUUGCUUGAUGCAUUGGCAUACUCCGAGUCCGAGGGUAUUUGUUCACAGAAGCACUGGAUGACUAUGCCCGACAUGGGUCAUAUUAUAGCAUCUUGUUAUAAUAUUCUACUCAUACAUUUGUCCUCUGUUCAGUGCUUUACAUUCUUCCCACUUAGAACUGCGCCUAUAAUAAAAUCAAUAUCAUCUCCCAAAGAGAUGGUGAUAGGAUUCGUCGAAGAUCAUUUUGUGCAGGUAUAUUUGAAAGCAGGUCAUCCAAUGCCUCCUCCAAUUCCAGCUCCCACCAAAAAAAAAUCUCAUGAAGCCACAAUCUGGGAAAGAUUUAAUGGACAACGUUCAAUAGGAAUGGGCCACUCCAUACCUGAGUCGCAUAGAGCAUUUCAGAUCCUUACAACAAAAGAUCCCAGUUCAUCUUUAUUUCCAUUCUUUGCCUUCUGUAGAAAUUAUGGAUGA